AUGGCUGAGGAUGGUUUUCCUGGAAGAGAGUUUCGCGGUUACAUCAAAGCUGAAGAGCCUCUUAAGAUAAAACAGUCUAGUUUUGAUCUUACUGUUCCCAAAGAAGAAGAAGAUACCAUUUCGGAUGAAGAAUCUUCAACACUUGAUCGGAAAGAUUUGAGAGAGAUUAAACGGACAUAUGACGAUCCCAAUAAACGCCAAGCAAGUGAAGUACAACCACUAAGACCACAUGACAGUGAGCUAGAAAGUUCCGAGUCAAGUGAGCAAGAGAGUUCAGAGAGCUCAUCAACAGAAACCAAAGAGAGUGAGAAAGCAAAACAACAGAUAGAUUCCUUGUUAGAAGAAAGCAGCUCUUCAAUACAGAUUCCCGAAGAGCUUAUAAGAGAAAGAUUAAAAUCUAAAAGUCAUAGAGUCGAUGGAUACAGAAGAAGAGAGAAAGGUAUUUUAAAAUGGUUUUUCAGAUGUAGUCCGUGCAUUUCCAAACUUCUAUUCAGCAAGAGAACAGAAUACAGAGCCAUUAAGGGGAUGUUCGGAUUUCCAAUAGGCUUAAUCUUCGGAUAUAUUUUACAAAAAAUAAUUAUAGAAAGACUUCGCCUGAAUCCUUUUUCAACUCGCAUUUCGGGAAUGAUUUUGAUGCUGUGGAUGGGAAUAGGCUAUGCCAUUUCAACUCAAGUCAGGUGCAUCUGCUUCCUAACCAUUCCAUCCCUCUGUGGUAAAACUGGUAGAGCAUACAUCAACACUUUUAUAUUAACCAUGAUUAUUACAGGCCCUCUAGAAAAUAUUAUUAGCAAUGCAAAGGAAUCGACCCGUGUCAUAAGUUGCAUAGCAUCAUUAAAUUACAACCAUACAGUGAAACGCUUUAAGCUCAUGUUUAAACCGGUGAAAGAAAUAGUCUGGGAUCUCGUGGGUGCAGGAGAUAAAUUAAAAGAUGGUACGAAAGGAUUCGAAGGAGCUUACAAAGAAAUUGAAGAAGAGAAUUUUUGGAUUUUCACGAAAGGCGUUAAAGCAUGCUAUAAAAGCUUUGGUGCAGCCUAUGAUCGUUGUCAUAGUUACUUACCAGUCAUAGGAUAUCUCUUGUGUUGGCCCAUGAAGCUCACUUUCAUUUGUGAUAUUGCUGGAGCAUUUAUGGGAAAGCGAGCUUGUGAUUCAAAAGAUGCCUUGAGUCCCGGUUUCGGAGAAAGCAUGGACACAGCGGAUGAAGUUCAGAAAGAAUUUGACAAGGAAUUCGGUGUUCAAGUACAUUACAAAUUAGAUAUCCCGCCGGAAAAAGUGGAUCAAAUUACACCUCAAGAUAUUGGACAUUCUCUGAAAUAUCAGUUCGAAAAGAAGAAACGAACGUUAGAAUUUUUUCUUAAUCUCGCAACCAGAAUUCUCACCUUUACAUUUAUCUUCGUUUUCCAGACCUCUCGUAAAUACUGCGAUCAAUACUUAAGGAACAUAGAGUUCGACAAUAGGUACAUAACUUCAUAUUUUCGUCAUAUUGAUGAAAGAAGAAAAGCACAGGAUAAAGUGACACUGCUGCCUCUUAAAAAAGGUGAAAAGAUAGAGUUGGUGGAGCCAUUUAGAGUCAGGAUCUCAAAGGAUGAGAAAGCCAAACUACUUAUGAAUUCAAUUUUGUUGGUUGGAGAGUUAUUGACUGCUUCGAUUAUUUUGACAUUUGACUGGAUAUUCUGCGAAUUUCUAAUGCUUAUACAAAGACAUUCCCAGAUUACAUAUUAUCAGACUGGCGUCCACCACAUAAAGAUGACUGUCUUUGGCGAUGGAUUUGUGGGAACAAUGGUGCGAAGUGUUUUGAAAGGAUUCGAUAAGAAACAUAAGAUUGAUGAAUUUACAACAACGGCAGAAUGUUUACCUCGAGCCUCGAAAUUGCAUUCCAACUCUAUCAUUAUUUUAUAUUCAACCUUUCUUCUCAUUUUCGCUCUGAUGUUCAUAGAGACUUAUGCGUUGAGACUGCGCCGAGCAAUCUGCAGGUUCUUCUUUCCCAAAAGAGAGAAAAAACGUAUACUUUUUUUGUACAAUGACUGGUUAAAGAAGAGGAACGCCUACAUGCGAUUCAUGCGCCAUCGAGUUAGGAAAAGAGCACGAGAUCAGGCAUUAGCGCUCGACAGUGGGGUGUUUCUCUCUUUACGACUUUUGUAUCCAAGAUAUUUCGGUUGGUUGGGAAAAUUAGGCUUUGGUAAAAAGAAAUGUUUGGUAUGCGAAGAAGUGGAAUCAAGAAAGAGACCCUUCAUUGUAUGUUCUAAAGAAUGUCCCUUCUGUUAUUGUCCGGAAUGUUGGAAGGACAUGCAGGGUAAAUGUUAUGUUUGUCUUCCGGAUGAUGAUGAAGAUUCUCCUCUGAGCGAUGAAGAUUUUGAUGAUGAAGAUGCAUAAUUAUAACUGAAUGUUUUUAAAAUAUUUGUGAUUUUUAACUGUUGUUUUCGUCAAAAACUUUUGGAGUUCAGAUCCAGGAAAUAAGUGAUUAAAAUUUAGUUCAUUUUUAAUUUAUUAUACUUGUGUUAUUAUUUCUGCCAUAAAUCUUAUCAAGUAAUAUUAUUAAGAAAACUGAAUAAAAAUUGAUUGAUUGAUUGUAGUUAUAUAAAAUCUGCUGUAAAAUUUUCUGAAGAAUACUUAGCAACCACUAAUUGAUUGAUUGUAAAUAUUUGAACUUAAUUGAUUGUAUUAAUUUGUAAUUGAAAUAUACAAAAGGGUAAUUUAUAUGUCAAAAAAAUCAAGCCGUAAUUUGAAAUAUAUUGAUAAAUACUGAUUGACAAUUCAUAUCAAACAUUAUUUUGACACCAUGUACUUUUUGACACUUAACUAAUACAUAGAAUCGUUGCCUUUACAUGCAUUUAGAUCUUUUCUUAAUACAAUUUCAUUAUACAAAGAUAU